AUCGAUAGUUCUUAUCGAUUUUGCACAAGCGGCACGCGCUGGUUUGACUUUCACUGUGAAUGGUCACAAAUUCGCGUUGUCCAACGAAAGUUACUGAUAAUUUCAACGCUUUUACUUAAUAUUGUACGCCAGGAUUUUAAAAAUAAGUAUUUAGCAAAUGCAAGAAACAUAGGGUAAAAAACGCAGAAGAAAAAAGACCAUAAGGCAGGUUCAACGGAGCGCCAGCUAGCCUACUCUAGUUUUAUAGACAUGGACGUGUCCCAGCCCCCACCACAAUUGCUGACGGCACCGUCGGCGCUGGCGACCAAUUACACGUCGCAGCCACCGCCGUCGGGGGGCGGGCAGCACUAUAGGCACCACUACAACCACCAGCACCACGGCUCAGGAAAGCAUGGCUACAAUCAGUUCAAACCCUUUAUGCCGGGAGGAUUUCAGCGGCCCUUUGGAAUGUCCCAGGACGACUUUGAUGGCAAGCGGCUAAGAAAAAGUGUGAUGCGAAAGACUGUCGACUACAACGCUUCCAUUAUUAAGGCCUUAGAGAAUCGACUGUGGCAGCGGGAUCACAGAGACCGAUUGGCUUUGCAGCCCGAUAGCAUCUACGUGCCUCAAAUGUUGCCUCCCUCAAGCUAUCUGGACAACCCUUCCAAUGCUGUAACUACGAGAUUUGUAAAGACUGCAACAAAUAAAAUGCGAUGCCCCAUUUUCACCCUGGCCUGGACGCCUGAAGGUCGGAGAUUGGUCACAGGGGCUAGUUCCGGGGAGUUUACGCUUUGGAAUGGUCUGACCUUUAAUUUUGAGACUAUUCUACAGGCCCACGAUAUCUCUGUACGAACGAUGGUCUGGUCGCACAAUGACAGCUGGAUGGUGACCGGUGAUCACGGCGGCUACGUCAAGUACUGGCAGUCCAACAUGAACAACGUGAAGAUGUACCAGGCCCACAAGGAGGCGAUUAGGGGAAUAAGUUUCAGCCCCACGGACAGCAAGUUUGUCAGCGGCAGCGAUGACGGAACCCUGAGGAUUUGGGACUUUAUGCGCUGUCAAGAAGAGCGAGUCCUUCGAGGCCAUGGAGCUGACGUGAAGUGUGUGCACUGGCAUCCCCACAAGGGAAUGAUCGUGAGCGGAAGCAAAGAUAACCAACAGCCCAUUAAGAUUUGGGAUCCAAAGAGUGGCAUCGCCUUGGCUACGUUGCAUGCCCACAAAUCCACCGUCAUGGACUUAAAGUGGAACGACAACGGGAACUGGCUAGUUACUGCUUCCAGGGAUCAUCUGCUCAAGCUGUUCGAUAUUCGCAAUUUGCGGGAGGAGGUGCAAGUCUUCCGUGGCCAUAAAAAAGAAGCCAGCUCUGUGUCCUGGCAUCCUAUACACGAGGGACUGUUCUGCUCUGGCGGCUCCGAUGGUUCCAUACUUUUUUGGAAUGUUGGGACGGAUAAGGAGAUUGGUUGUGUCGAAACGGCGCAUGAUAGCAUAGUAUGGACUUUAGCUUGGCAUCCGUUGGGCCAUAUUCUGUGCUCGGGCUCUAAUGAUCAUACGAUCAAGUUCUGGACCCGAAACCGUCCAGGAGAUUUGAUGAGAGAUAAAUACAAUUUGAACACUUUGCCGGCCAGCUUGGCAGCUUUGGACGAAUGCGAAUAUGAUGACGCUGUCAUCCCUGGAAUGGGUCCUGAGGACCGUGUGGAAUUCACAGAGAGUCUAACCGCAGACAAAGGCUUUAUUCCCGGUCUUGAUCUUGAUCCAAGCAGAUCUGCCGCUGAUCGGGACCGGGAGAAGAAGGUUCCAUACAGUAAGCCCAUUCCGCGAAAUUUUCAAGUGCAAUGGGCGGGUCCACGGCGAGCGGAUGAUCCCAGCGUGCUCAGUAUUCACGACGAGUUGGCUGCCCGAGAAGCCAAAGACUCCACGAGCGGCCUGAACCAGCAACAGAUUAGCGAAAACACACUCGAAGGCAUCGUAGCCAGUGGCAUGUUGAACGGCCUUGACCCCCAGACAAUAGUUGGAGUUUUUGUGUACAAUCGGUUUAUUAGAGUACAUCCCGACUCCCGGCUCAUGGCCGCCAUUCGCCAAGGGCCCGACUUUCUUAACAAGUAUCUAGAUGCCGGCAAGCUUGAAGAACUAAACGAUGUGAUACCUUUGAAAGAUCGCUCAAGAUCCGUCUCGCCCACCGUGGAAGCGCGUGGAGAUGUGGUUUCCCCACCCACCAAGAAGUCCCGCUUUGAACCCCGGCAACACAAUGCCCAGUUGGUGUCUGUAAGAGAACUGCUGCUUCUGAAGAAACCCUUUUUGCAAUCUCUGGUAACUGUGAAGGCCCAGCAACCAAAAACGGAGUUUGUGGAAGAGGCGCCACCGGAGCAAAUGGAAAGGGAACGAGAGGGAGAACGGGAGCGACCCCGGGAGAGGGAAUGGGAUCGUGACAAUAGAGAGCAUGAGCGAGAGUGGGACCAAUCCGGAGGCAGACCCAAUCCAUGGGCAUCCAACGCACCAUGGUCUAACAAUGGAAACUCCAAUCCAAACUCGAAUGGCUUCGGGAAUAAUGGUCCUGAUAACUUUAAUGAUCGCGAUCGUGAUUUCCAAAGAGGUGGAAACAAUGGAGGCCCGGGAGGUCAACGUCGGAGGCGUGGCAACAACAAUUCCGGCCCUGUUGGUAACGGUGGUGGAAAUGUCGGAGGCGGCGGAAACGGAGCACCGCCUGGUGGUGGCGGAAACGGUGGAAAUGGUAGAAAUCGCGGUCGCAACAACAACAACAGACGCUACUAAUGGCAAUCCCACCACGAAAGUACAUUCACACAUUCUUCAGUUUUAAGCCGCUUCCCGUCGUUGACCCCAUCUCUUUUUAGGAGUCUUGCUUUUUAACUUUUUACAUUAAUAUUGUUUUAAAAUGACCCAAAAGCAAAUAGCAAUUGUAAAAUAGUAAAGGGAAUUAUUUUUGGGGGGAACUAGUUUCUCAUCCCUGCGGAUAUUUCAACCCAAUGUAAUUCAAAAAUGCUUUUUUAACUAGAAUUAUUAAAAAAUUUAAAAUGGAUAAAACCCCAA